CUCGGUUCAAAGUCACUUUGCCUUUUUCCAUUCGUCCAGCAAGCAAAAUGCAACUGCUUCUCUCCUCAGCGCUGCUGGUCGCAGCCUCUCUGCGGUCGGUCGUCGGCCACGGCCACCUCGUGGACCCGCUGCCGGCGUUUACGGACAAGUACGGCGAUCCAUCCAAAUUUGCCGCCACUUUAAACGGACCCACGGUGCUCCCCGGCAGUUCGUACGAGCAAGGCCCGGACUGGAACACGGACCAGUUCACCAAGCACUUUAAGGCCAGCUCGUUCAAGACGCUCAAGGCCUUUUUGGACGCGCACCCGACCGGCGGCGACUGCGGCAUUACCGACCCCAACGGUCCGGCACAGCCGCUGCCAAGCACCGUCAAGUGGGCCAACGGUGAACUCGGCUUCAUCUCGUCGCACCAAGGGCCGUGUGAACUCUGGUGCGACGAGACGCGCGUCUUCCAGGACGAAAAUUGCGCCGCCAACUAUCCGGAUGGCUUUAUGGCGAUCGACACGUCCAAGUGCUCGGGUGCGAAGCGACUGACGAUGCUCUGGCUCGCGCUGCAUACGCCAGAGUGGCAAGUGUACAAGAACUGCGUCAACCUCAGCGGUGCGGCGCCGGGUCCGGGGCCGAACCCGAGCCCAAGCCCGAGCCCAAGCUCAAGCCCGAGCCCUUCGUCAGGGCCGUCACCGAGCCCAAGCCCUUCGUCAGGACCGUCACCGACGCCCGAGUACCCGUCGCCCAGCCCGUCGCUUCGUCCAUCGUCUCGUCCAUCCGCUAGCCCGACCCCGAGCCCUUCGGUGAACCCGACUGACCCGAUCCAAGGCUGGAAGCAGUGCGGCGGCGCCGGCUACAGCGGAAACACCAAGUGCGUCACGGGAUUCCAGUGCACGAGCCUCUCGAUGACGUACUCGCAGUGCAUGCCGCACUCGAGCAGCACGGGCCAAGUGCCUCGCUACGGUCAGUGUGGCGGGUUGUACUACACGGGUAGCACCGAGUGCGGCAAAGACGACUCGUGUGUCGCCAGUGGUCCGUGGUUCUCGCAGUGCCUCCCCGGCGCCUAGGCACCAAAAAUUGCAUUGACGACGUGUUGUAAUAGUCUCUCUACCUGUAAUUGAAUAAGCUGCGUAAUAUAUACAAUUCUGUCUGCCG